AUGGGCGUGCAAGGACUCAAGACCGUGUCGACGGCACAGAACGGCCUAGGCGCCUACAUCCUGCAGUGCACGCGCCUACACCUGACGUACUCGGACCACUGGGCGUCGUCCUCGGGUUUAAAAUCACUUCUCAGUUCACCGGCGUUCUCGUCACUAACACAUCGCUACCCGAGCGUCGAGUUCCGGAUCUCGCCGCGCCCGAACCGCCACCCGGUCGUCAAGGCAGUGUACUGCAACGGGCGGUCCAAGGCCGUCUGCGUCAAGAACCUGGCCCGCGAGCAGGUGCUCGAGAGGGUCGAGUUCCUGAUCGGGAAUUCUGGAGAGAGGAAUACCCUCGUAAAGGGCAGGAAAGUCAUCAGUCGGAAUGAGAGUGUCAGGGGCGUGUGGAGUCCUAUGCAUGGCGGGAUUAAGAAGAUCUGA